AUGGAUAAAUCAGAGCAGAACACUCACUUCCGCCUGCUAGAUCUUCCCUUCGAACUACGCCGGGAAAUCUACUACUGCUGUCUUCCUCGAAAGCACCAUAUCAUGCUACCACCCACUGCUAAUGGCAAACCUCGAUUUGCCUACCGAGAGGCCUCUUCAGACCCACGAAUUCCAAACCGCAAGAACAGUAUCCUUCUCCUCUGUAAACAAGUAAGCGAGGAAUGUCUCGACAUCCUCUAUGGCGAAAACUGGUACUGCCUGACCCUCGACAUCACUUUCCACUAUGCUCUACAAUUUGAGCAUCAGGCCGCAGAAGCGCACCUUAUAACUCAGGCCGAGGGCAUGACCAUUUGCUCUGGCUUGAAAUCCGUGCCGGACGAACUCAACUGUUUCGUUAUUCUUGCUCGCAAAGUGCCGCUUGAUGAGCAUGAUACUGAAAAGGCGAUAAUAGGGCGCUUUCACCAGCUUGUGGAAUUUUUUUGUAGCCGUAUAACUCCCCGAGUGACGGUGCGGCUUUCGGACUUUGUCUCCAAUGGUGACAAUACGUCUAAUGGGGCCGUGUGUCUACAUAUAACAAGAGUUAGUGAUGACCCGCGUAUCGAGUACCGUGCCAUUGGGGAAAGAUGA